CAAAGUUGACUCAUUCCUAUUUAGCAAAGCGAGGUAAAUAUAGUCUUUUUUUUAUAACGAGGAUUUAUUAUUCCUUUCAUGUACUGACUAUUGUAUAGGAGAUCAUUGAUUACCUGCUCUGUAUUGGCACAAAGCACACAGAGGUGCAGCAGCGUCCAGUGAAGCCUAACUACCUGGUAGAAAGGAAGGGACUGUCUGCGUGAAACAAGCAGGGUAGGAAAAGUUGACUUACCUGUAACCCAGGUUCUGGCAUCCCUCACCAACUCUGCCUCACUCUAGUAGUACCUGCUCCGACUUGAAAGUCCAGUUUCACAAGGAAGAAUCGUGGAGGAAGAAAAAUAUGUCACAGGAGACGGACAAUAAGCGGCUGGUGGUGGUGGUACCCAAUGAGACGUCCUUCCAAGGGCGGCGUGCAUACACCAGCGAGGAUGAGGCAUGGCGGUCCUACUUGGAGAACCCUCUGACUGCAGCCACUAAGGCCAUGAUGAGCAUCAAUGGAGACGAAGACUCUGCUGCAGCCCUGGGACUGCUCUACGACUAUUACAAGGUUCCUAAAGAAAAGAGACUGUUGCCCAUCGCCAAAGUGGUUGAGAUUUCAGAGGAGCAGGAAAAGAGGGGAGGCUCGGGGACCAGCAUCAACGGCCAGCAGGGUGACAACAUAGAGAUGGUGGACAACCGAGUCCAGGUGCUGAAGUCUGUCCCAGUCAACCUGUCCCUCAACACUGACCACCUGGACAAGAGAGUCAACAUGUCUCUCAACACUGACCACCUGGACAAGAGGGAGGAGUAUGGGGCGGGGACGGGUGAUGGACCUGGGGCUAUUGCCUUGGUGAAGGCAGAGAUGUAUGCCCCGGUGUUCAUGGGCCCUGGGGUUGGGACGGGGGUGCACUACCGAGUAGAGGGCGAGGAGCAGGAGUCAAGGGUCGUCUAUGAACAGAUGAGUCCGUAUGUAUCCGAUGUGUCAAUAGUUAGUCACGGAGGAUUCGUUAAGGAGGACCAGCGCAGCACGCCUGAUGACAGCCCGUAUGAAGAGGAGAGCGAUGUGAAAUACCACACACCCAAGUCUAUAGCACAGGAAGAGUUUAUCUUCGACCAACAAGUAGUGGAUACGUUUCAGUACAAGCUGGAAGCCACCAGAUCACUGCGUGUGAAGCAGGGGGAGGGGCCCAUGACGUACCUGAACAAGGGCCAGUUCUACGCUGUGACGCUCAGCGAGCUGGGAGCUAACAAACGCCUGAGACAUCCAAUCAGCAAAGUCAGGAGUGUCAUCAUGGUGGUGUUCAGUGAAGACAAGAACAGAGACGAACAGCUGAAGUACUGGAAGUACUGGCACUCCCGCCAACACACUGCUAAACAGAGAGUACUAGACAUAGCGGACUAUAAGGAGAGCUUCAACACCAUCGGUAACAUUGAGGAGAUAGCCUACAACGCUGUCUCCUUCACCUGGGAUGUGAACGAAGAGGCCAAGAUCUUUAUCACAGUGAACUGUCUAAGUACAGACUUCUCGUCUCAGAAGGGGGUGAAGGGUCUUCCUCUGAUGAUCCAGAUUGACACAUACAGUUACAACAACCGCAGCAACAAGCCACUCCACAGAGCCUACUCUCAGAUCAAGGUCUUCUGUGACAAGGGAGCUGAGAGGAAGAUCAGAGAUGAGGAAAGGAAACAGAACCGCAGGAAGACUAAAGGGAAGGAUGGAGGACUAGGGGUGAUAACUCUCCCUAAGAAGCCUGACACCACCUACUUCAAGACCAUGACUGACCUGGAGGCCCAGCCUGUACUCUUCAUCCCUGAUGUCCACUUUGGAAACCUGCAGAGGGCUGGACAGGUAUUUGCCUUUAACACAGAAGAGAUUGAGAGAGGAGGGAGUGUGUUGGUUAAGAGGAUGUUCAGACCGUCAGAGGAUGACCUCUCACCUCCUUCCCACAAACAGAUCAAAGAGGAAACACACAAGAGAGUCCUGCUGUAUGUGAGGAAGGAGUCGGAUGAGGUGUUUGAUGCUCUGAUGCUCAAGUCUCCAACCCUGAGAGGCCUGAUGGAAGCAAUAUCAGAGAAGUAUGGAGUUCCCACUGAGAGGAUAGCCAAGAUCUACAAGAAAAGCAAAAAAGGGAUCCUGGUGAACAUGGACGACAACAUCAUAGAGCAUUACUCUAAUGAAGACACCUUCAUCCUGAGCAUAGAGAGCUACGCUGACGCCUACAAGGUGACACUCACCGAAAUAUGAUGUCUGAAGGACGGGGGGGGGACAGUCUGAAGGCCGGGGGGGACAGUACAGGAGGACAGGACAGUACAGGAGGACAGGACAGUACAGGAGGACUGAGUGUAGGGUCGGGGGGACAGGACAGUACAGGAGGACUGAGUGUAGGGUCGGGGGGACAGGACAGUACAGGAGGACUGAGUGUGGGGCCGAUGAGGGACCGGGACCAGAAGCACCGGUUCCAAUACAAGCGCCAAUGCCGUUUAGCAAACUCCAGGCGUUUACAUUUGUUGGAUGACAUGAAAAUAGAGCUCUUUGGCCAGACUUCAAAAUGAGAAUGUAUGAGCAGAAAAUAACCUCAUACCUACUGGAAAGUAUGGUGGUGGAUCUUUGAUAUUUAGGGACUAUUUACCUUCCACUGGUCCUGGAGCCCUUGUUAAGGUCAACAGCAUCAUGAACUUUACCCAGUACAAGGACAUUUUAGCCAAAAAACCUGAUUGCCUCUGUCAGGAGGCUGAAACUUGGCCGCAAGAGGAUCUUCCAGCAAGACAAAAACCUCAAGGUCACAAAAUACACAAAGAAAUGGUUAAUUGGCCUCAAAAUCAGCAGCAAUGGACAUCUUUGUCUCCAGACUUGGAACCCACUGAAAACCUGUGGUUUGAUUUGAAGGGGGCCGUCCAUACACCCAGUCAAACGAUAUCAAGGAUCUGGAAGGAUUCUCUAAAGAGGAAUGGUCUCAGAUCCCUCCCAAUGUGUUCUCCAACAUAAAACAUUUUAGAAAAAGGCUCAGGGCCGUUAUCCUCACAAGGCGAGGUAUUGAACGCAAGCUCUAGCCAUAGGUGACAUACAGAC